AUGCCUUCAAAUAGAACUCACGAAUCUUCAGGUCAGCGAAAAAGCCAACAGCCAGAUAUGCAACAGACUACCGCCGUCCAUCUCGAGGAGUCUAAGGCCGCCACUCAAGAUAUCAAUGAAGAAGACCUUGCUGCAGCACACACGUUCGUGGAAGUGAAUACGACUCUAGCAAGUCAGAUAAUCCGGAAGACCGAUAUGCACCUUUUGCCCUUGUGCGUUGUCAUCAACAUCUUCAACUUUAUUGACCGCAGCAAUAUUGGGAAUGCUCGCCUGCUAGGCAUGCAACACGAUCUACAACUCUCUGGCAAUAAGUACAAUAUUGCUGUUAUGUGCAUUUUCAUAAGCGGGUCGGCUGUUGAAAUUCCAGCAAAUAUCAUCUGCAAGAAAAUUGGCACCAAAGUCUGGUUGCCGAUGAUAGUGUUUACGUUUGGUCUUAUCACUACAUUAAUGUCAUUGACGCACACUGCAGAGGGUCUUUAUAUAGCAAGGUUCUUUCUUGGAAUACCCGAAGGAGGCGUUUCACCUGCGAUUAUCUGGCUACUCUCUCAGUUCUAUCGUCGUGCUGAGAUGGGACUUCGAACAAGUAUUUAUAUAUCUGCUGCAGCAUCUAGCGGAGCAUUUGGCGGUCUCUUGGCCAUAGGGCUAAGCAAGAUUCCUCGAUGGGGACUUAUACAUACGUGGAGAAAUAUAUAUUUCUUUGAGGGACUAGUUUCUAUCGCUAUUGGUAUUAUAGCUUUUCGGGUUAUACCUAAUGGCCCAGACGAUGCCAGAUUCCUGAGUCAGGAAGAACGACAAACGGCUCUGAAUCGUCUACAGGUCGAUGCUGCUGGUACAAACGAAGGUGGUAAAACGAAAUGGAAGCAUAUCAAGCAGGCCCUGACAAGCCCACACGUUCUCGGCAGCGGCUUAGGUCUACUUCUAGGGAAGUGA